UCUUGGAAAGUACCUGCGACCUGCGUACGUAAGUGCCGCCCCCCCGCGCUCGGAGGGAGCCCCGCCCCGCCAAUCUUUGUCGGUGUCCCGCCCUAUUUUUCUCGUCCCAGCCCGUCCUUCUACCUCUGCUUCUUUCUUUUCCUUCUUCUCUCCUUAACUUCUUUCCCUCCUCUCUAUCUUCCUCAAUCACACCGAGCCUCCCAGGAAGCCAGGUCAAUCCCAUCACACCUCCAAAAUGGCCACGAACAUCACCUACCACGCCUCCGCCCUCACCCGCACAGAGCGCAGCAACCUGCGCAACCAGCGCGGCCUCACAAUCUGGCUGACUGGUCUCUCCGCCUCCGGAAAGUCCACCAUCGCCGUCGAGCUCGAGCACCAGCUGCUCCGCGAGCGCGGCGUCUCGGCCUACCGUCUAGACGGCGACAAUGUCCGCUUCGGCCUGAACAAGGACCUGGGCUUCUCGGACGCUGACCGCAACGAGAACAUCCGCCGCAUUGCGGAGGUUGCGAAGCUCUUCGCCGACUCUGCCUCCAUCGCCAUCACCUCGUUCAUCUCCCCCUUCCGCGCGGACCGUGACACUGCCCGCAAGCUGCACGAGGUCCCCACGCCUGGCGAGGAGACUGGCUUGCCGUUCGUUGAGGUCUACAUUGAUGUGCCGAUUGAGGUUGCGGAGCAGCGGGACCCCAAGGGUCUGUACAAGAAGGCCCGUGAGGGUGUGAUUAAGGAGUUCACUGGUAUUAGCAGCCCUUAUGAGGCGCCAGAGAAGGCGGAGGUUCACGUCAAGAACGUGGACUUGCCUGUGCAGGAGGCUGUUAAGCAGAUUAUCGCGUACCUGGACUCCCAGGGAUACCUUCCUCCCAAGAAGGAAUAGAUGGGUUACCCUUCGGUUCUGUAUUUUGCGAAAGACAUAUAGGUGUAGAUAGUUUACUUUGCGUCUGUUGCGUGCGGGUUUUUAUGGAUCAUUAUGUCGCUGGAUAGACAUACGUGCAGAUAGAUGUUAAAUACCAGUGUCUGUACAUUUGAUUGAGUACUACUUCCUAUUAAAUAGAUUUGCCCAG